CAGUUUGUGCUAAGAAAGCGAGAGAAAAUGGCGGUGGAUGAACCCCCAAAGCCUACCGUUACCGGCAAUCAAAUCAAUGACGGCGAUCAGAAUGGGGAGGAGCAAGGAGAGAUCGUUCGAGAUGAUGGCUCCGCGUCUUCCAAGCUACCGACGGCGAUGGUCCGACAGCCUCAUCCGCUUGAGCAUUCUUGGACCUUCUGGUUCGAUAAUCCCUCUGCCAAGUCCAAGCAAGCCGCCUGGGGAAGCUCUAUCCGGCCCGUUUAUACCUUUGCAACUGUGGAGGAGUUUUGGGGUUUCUGUGUAUACAACAACAUACAUCAUCCAAGCAAGUUGGCCGUGGGAGCAGACUUCCACUGUUUUAAAUACAAAAUUGAGCCAAAGUGGGAGGACCCUGUUUGUGCUAAUGGUGGAAAAUGGACUGUUACUUUUUCUAGGGGAAAAUCUGAUACAUGUUGGUUAUAUACGUUGCUGGCAAUGAUUGGAGAACAGUUUGACCAUGGAGAGGAAAUUUGUGGCGCUGUUGUAAAUGUCAGAAAUAGGCAGGAAAAAAUUGCUAUCUGGACUAGAAACGCUUCAAAUGAAGCAGCUCAGAUAAGCAUUGGAAAACAGUGGAAAGAAUUUCUUGAUUACAAUGACCAAAUUGGCUUCAUCUUCCAUGAGGAUGCUAAGAAGCACGACAGAGCUGCUAAAAAUAAAUAUUUCAUAUGAACCCUACACCAAUUCUCUUGGCAAGGUUUGGAUAUGCCUCCAACAUACUUGAGCUGGUUUUCUUUAGUUCUCUUUUGUCUUGAAAGCUACUCUGGGUUCUGCUUCCUGAGAUUUAUUGCAUCUAGAAGGCAUUCCUUCAUUAAUACAGUGGUUUCCGUCUAUAAUCGGUGAGCUUUGUAGGGAACACUACAAUUUGGCACCCGGGUAAACUCUAGAUAGCCCUUUUUUUUUUGGGGCCACUGCUGGCAAAACGGGCUUGUUGGGCAAAGGAAGAUAGUAUUGGUUCAGUACAUGAAGAUAUCCUCCAGGACCUCGCUGUAUAAAGAGCAAGGACUUUGAGAUACUGCAAUUUUAGUUCUAAUGUGUAGCGGUAGUACCGACUAA